AUGGGCAGAAUUCCAUGUUGUGAAAAAGAUAAUGUCAAGAGAGGGCAAUGGACUCCUGAGGAAGAUCACAAGCUUUCAUCUUACAUAGCUCAACAUGGAACUCGUAACUGGCGUUUAAUUCCUAAGCAUGCUGGUUUGCAGAGAUGUGGAAAGAGUUGCAGAUUAAGAUGGACAAAUUACCUCAGGCCUGAUCUCAAACAUGGACAGUUUUCAGAGGCAGAAGAGCAGACCAUUGUCACACUUCACUCUGUUCUUGGCAAUAGAUGGUCAGUGAUUGCUGCUCAGUUGCCUGGCCGCACAGACAAUGAUGUCAAGAACCAUUGGAACACAAAGCUGAAAAAGAAGUUAUCUGGAAUGGGAAUUGAUCCAGUAACUCACAAGCCAUUUUCUCACUUGAUAAGUGAAAUUGCUAACACAUUAUCUCCACCACAAGUUCCUCAUUUAGCUGAAGCAGCACUAGGAUGUUUCAAAGAUGAAAUGCUCCAUCUUUUGACCAAAAAACGUAUCGGUUUUCAGUUUCAGUUUCAGCAAUUUGGAAUGGCAAGUACUGCUACAACAGCCCCAAAUAAUGGACCAAGUACUAGUGUCAAACAUGAAGAUAACAAAGAUGAAACAAUUGAGAAAAUUAAGUAUGGAUUAUCAAGGGCAAUUAAAGAACCUGACAUGUUAAAUCCUAUCAAGAAUUGGGACACUACUAAUUUUCCAGUAUCUGAUAAUAGAGAAUUUAACUAUAAUUUUGCUUCUUUACUUAAUGAAGGAGAGGGUUCACCUUGGAACCAAAGUUUGUGUAGUGGAAGUACAUGCACAGCAGGAGGAGGAUUGCAGCAACACAAGAGAAUUAGCAAUGAGAAUUGUGGGGAAAAUUCUGAGGGUGGAAAAGAAAUUGUAACAAGAAAUGGAUCAACAACUGUGUUCAAUUCUGAUUGUGUUCUUUGGGACAUAUCAUCUGAUGAUUUGAUGAAUCCUAUGGUUUGA